AUGUCAAAUGAGGCCUCACUUCGGGAUGGCCAAUCGGCUUACAAGACUCGAGUCUUGCGCGUAGACCCCUCAAGAGCUGGGUGUUUGAAAGCUCGACCCGGGCGUUUCUCCUCGCAAGACGAUCUCCAAGUCGAAUGGCAUCGCGACACUGUGGACUAUGAGAGCCUGACGACUGCCGUCGACCUUCUACACAAUACCGACGUACCUGUCGCAUUCCCUACCGAAACCGUCUAUGGGCUUGGUGCCGAUGCGACGAGAACGGGUGCCGUCCAAGGUAUCUAUACUGCAAAGCAAAGACCCAGCGACAACCCACUCAUCGUGCAUGUUUGCAGCCUCAAGCAACUGCGAAGGUUGUUACCGCCGUCGAAUGGCGGCGAUGAUUACGAACCGAUACCCAAGAUAUAUCGAGCCUUGAUUCAACGGUUCUGGCCCGGACCGUUAACGAUCAUCCUUCCUACUACCGACCAAAGCGAAUGGCGCCUAUCACCCUUCACAACUGCAAAGUUGCAUACAUUUGGUGCCCGGAUGCCUUCGUCGCCUCUUGCCCUUCUUCUUCUCAAACUCUGCGAUUUACCGCUCGCUGCCCCAUCAGCGAACGCAUCCACACGUCCCUCUCCUACAUUGGCCGAACAUGUGUUUGAAGAUCUGAAUGGAAGGAUCCAGCUGAUCCUAGAUGGAGGACCUUCUAAUGUUGGUGUGGAAAGCACGGUGGUCGACGGACUCUCCGAUGGCGGUCCUGUAGUCCUUCGGCCGGGAGGGGUGUCCGUCGCUAUGUUAAGAGAAUGCGAAGGGUGGGAAAAUGUACGAGUGGCAUACAAGGACAAAGCGGAGGGGGAUACGGAGGAGAACGAUCAGGCCAUCUCAAGAAGCAUGCCUCGAGCACCGGGCAUGAAAUACCGACAUUAUUCGCCUCGCGCGAAGGUUGUCCUAUUCGAACCAGGCGCUACCGCUCCGUCCAUACCGGAUUUGAAGAGUGCAGACUCAUCGAAAGGCAUCGGAAUCAUUAGAACAAAAGCUUGGGAUAUGGAUACCAUCCUAAGGUCCGGAUCUUCCGAAGACGUUGCCCUUUGGGAUGUUGAUAUUGGCCCAGGCAUGGAGGACAUUGCGCGUGGCUUGUUUGCCGCAUUUCGCGAACUAGACCAGAAACAGGUUGAUACGAUACUCGUUGAGGGUAUCGACUCCACGGAUGAUACACUUGCAGGAGCCAUCAUGAACCGUGUGCGGAAGGCCGCGGAACUCAAGAUCUCCUGA